ACGUCCUUAAAGUCUACAUUUAGUACUAUUGUUGAACAAAUAAGAGGUUUUUUAUUUUGCUUCCGCGUCCAAGUUUUGGCUAGUAUUUGAACCAUCACAUGUCAAAGCUAAUUCAAAUACAGACAAGGUUUGUUUUGGCAGUUACAGGCUUGGAAUUCAAAUUUAUAAAGCAAAAAUACUUCAUCCGGACGCGUAGCAUCAAUUGUUUAUAAAAGAAUAGGAAUCAUAGGGUCAUGGGUUAGGCUUAGAAGCGAGGAGGUGGAACUAGCGUCGUCGAAACGGAAAGUUCGUGGUUGAAAAGAGGAUUAAUACCCUGAUAUUACACUUGGUGUAGACGAUGAUGAAGAACUAGCCUGGUUUGAUGUAAACUAUUGAAUAUAGAACAUGUCAGGGUCGGAAAAACAGCGACGAAUCUCAAGUACAACGUAUCUUGCGACUGUUACUUUUCAGUAAUGCAGCGUGGAAUUUAUCGCUUCGUGUAGAUAGAUGGAUUCAUCGAUUCAUAGUAGGUUUGAUUAUGGUCUUCUAGAUUCGCUGGAAUGGUCAGAAAAGAGCCACAGUUUGAGCUCAUUUCUGGAUCAAUUUAGUUCAUCACUACCUCAUGUAGUAAAAGUAUUUGAAGGUUUUUGUGGCGAUGCUUCCUCAGGAACCRUAGACUCAGGACAAAUUCUGAUCCUACACUCGCUCCACAAAGAAACAAAGAUCUUAGCCAAGAAUGCUGAAGACACAGAACUUUUCAUCCCCAAAGAUUUCCAAGUCAAAGUCGAAAUGAUUCCUAAAAAUGCGAUUGAAGAGUCAACUAGUGUGAAGGAACUGCUUCAAACCUUUCCGAAGUAUUUUCGAGCGCUUAGUGACAUUCCUUCGCACGACAUCACCUCUGGUAGCAUGUUCAAGAUUAUAAGACAAAAAGGCUUUGGCUGUUUUGAAUGCUUACAAAUUAUAAAUGAUGGAGAAGAACGAGAAGUUAGGCUUCCUUUUUUUCUCAAGGGUCGCUUUCAAGCGCUUCAAGACAAUAGAGAGUUUUUAAUCGAUGAAGUUUAUGCAGAGGAAAAGGACAACCUUGAAGCUGAUGAACCUGUCAAUAUUCAUUUUGUCAAGUCAUGUUUGUCUSGGAUUUCUGUACCCGGGUUGAACGUUGCAUCGCUGUACGAUUUGGGAACUGUACGUUUAGUCGGGGAAUGCGAGAUAGAAACAGUGUUUGCGACUGUCCUAAGUUGCGAAGAUGGUAAAACCCUGGCUGUUUUUCCAAAGGAUCUAGACAUUACCGUACGCUCUGCCAAGACAAAUGACCAGUAUGACAGAAUAAGACAUACGAUCAAAGAGAGUCAAAUCAAAACAUUAAAGCGUAUCGAAAGAUUGAAUAGACUMAGCCUUUACCAGGCCAGGAAUCCUGUAAGGCAGUUCUUUCAAACUGAGCUCGAGCCACCGGCAUUAGCUAGCGGAAAAACMAGGACAAAAUCAGCAACGCAAGCGUCGACUGAUCCUACAAAUAACAAGAAGAGAAGCCAUUCAACCCCACCACCACCACCCCCUAGGGCACCGUUGGAAACAAAACACAAGGAAAAACCCAAACUAUUAUCGAAGAAAGCUGUUUCUGUGCCAACUGCAAGACCAGCUAGUGUUUGUGAUCAAAAUACAGCAACGAUGAAAGAUAAUCGAUCUCUGAAACGUCCAGCCUACAAACCACCUGAUAUUCCCCAUCAACCACCACUACCUCCUAAAGAAAGGCCUAAGCAYUUGUUUAAAGAUAAAGAGCAAAAUCUUACGCCUGGCCAAGACCAGAACAAAACACAGGCAACAGCCCAACAAGGACAAGGCAGUGAUCCAGAAUCACCUCCCAUCCCACCACCAAGACUACGGCGUCGUCAAAAAUCCAUAGAUGGACGAAAAGAUGACGAAAAGCCAGCCCYUAUUGAUUGUAGCUACGAGCAAAUGGAUGGUUUUGUUGAGAGUAUYGUUGAGUAUGUGGAGAUGGAUGGAUCAUGGAUAACACAGGAGGGAUCACUAGAGGAGAUCUUUGGUGACAUCACAGUUGAUGCUGAUGAACAAGACACUACUGCAACAGAAGACAAGUUGAAUAGAAAAGAGGAAGCSACUGCGGAGGACAAAAGAGAAAGAGCAGACAGUGUUGAUUAUGAAAAUACCAAGGAUCUUAAACUUUCUCAUUUAAAAAAGGGWGUCUCUGGAAAAACGGUUUUUCAAAAUGAUGCAGACGAUCCGAGAGAAAGAGUAAACAGCAUGGAUUAUGAGAAUACCAAAGAACUCAAACUUGCUCAUUUAAUGAAGAAAGUUUCUAGAAAAACGGCUCCUGAAAAUGACUUUAACGAUCAGAGAGAAAGAUCAGACAGUGUAGAUUAUGAGAACACUCCCAAAGUUAAGCCUCCAGGAGUAAUCAAAGAUGGGGAAACAGUAGUUUCUGAUGAGUUACUUGAAGGGAUACCGAGAACAGGGAGUGUUGAAUAUGUAAACACCAAGCAAUUGAAACUUGUUCCCCUUGGAAAACGAGGAACCACCCUUUCUGAAGACAUCAGUCAAGAAAUACCAAGGAAAGAUAGUAUCGACUAUGAGAACACUAAGGAACUAAAGCUAAARAUUCCUUUAGAGAAAGCAAAACAAAAUCAAACAUCAAAUACGAAUGACCUCGAUGGAAAAAGUAGACACUCUUCGGAUAUGCAAGACGCAGAUAGAAAUCAGAAGAACGGAGUCACCGAAACUGAACAAGCGUCCACGUUAGCAAGAGCGUUACAAUUGUCUUCAUCAUGCAGCAACGAUACAAAGAGCAUUAAUACUAUUGGAACUCAAGAAAGAUCCAAGUUGGAGACCCUCAGAGGUUCUAGUUACAUGGAAUGUAAAACUGUGGCAAAAACAGAACAGUUUCUAAAGGAGUUGAGGCUUAGUGCAAYAGUCCCUGAUAGUGACGCAACAAUCAAGCCAAAAGGUACCGAGAGAGAGUCUUCGGCGGAAGAGUCCAAACAUYGUGUUUCAGAAGGAAUUUAUUACACAACUAUGGCUAGAUGUGUUGCAGAUCCUUCUUAUUACGUUACUAUCUUGGCUGAUAAUAAUAGCUCUUUAUUAGGCGAUGUUUACGAAAAAAUGAAUGCAAAUGAGAAUAACGAAUCACCAUAUGUGCCUAUGAAUGCUUCGUAUGCUGAAGACGACUCAUUAUAUGAAAAUGAUAUUUGUGGCACUAAAGGAGAUGACAGCGAUGAAAUGGAUGAUUAUGAGAAUGUUGACUUGGUAUGCACAUCUCGUAAMAAGAAUCAGUUGGCAAAAGUGUCAGUUGGCAAAAUAGUGGACAAAAAUUAUUUCAGUGAUGCGUACGAGGAAGUGGACAUAAUCCAACAGAUAGAAUCAAGUCUAGACAAAAAUCCGAGUACGGAUGACCAAGGCCRGUUCUAUGAAAAGAUGGACAUGCCACAAGAGAGCGAUACAAUACCUUCACCCAGAGUUCGGGUUGCAAGUGAUUCAUACGAGGAAAUUGGCCUUCCCAUAAAUUCUGGUUCGCACCACCAUGAUGUCAUAUCAAGGAAACGACCUGAAAGCAAUUCGUACGAAGACAUAGACUUUCCACCUAACAUUGCACACUGUUACCUCACUAAGACCGUAUCCAAUAACACUUCCGCCCCACCGACUCCUCCACAAAGAAGAGCAAAGAAUCUGAGAAAAAGUUUUGCCGGCGAGACCAAAGCAAGCGCCGACUCCAAGGAUCAACCAGAAGUACUUUCUUCUUCACCCAAAAGCUGUGACCAAAUUAGCAAGCCACUGGAGAAAGAUUUUGAGGACCUUGAGAGUCUUCAUGUUCAUAUAGCUAUGAAAGAGAGUGAGCGCCAAUUGCUCUUUGAAAAAGCCUUGUCAUCCAAAAAUAAAAACCAACAGCCACAAAAUUCAGAAUCACCUGAAGAAUCGUCRGAAACUGCUCAACAGCAAUCCUGCAAAGACAAGGUGUCCACUGCAGCAGUAGAUCAGGUAGCCGAACGAUACGUCAAAUCUCGUCCACCGGCACCACCACCUCCUAGAAAACCCGCUAAUUACCUCGAGGUAGAGGCAACRAAAAAACUAGAAUCAAAGCCGUUCAAACAAAAACCUCCGUGCAACUACAGUAAAAUUAUUGGGCAAAUCCAAACAACGCAUUCGAGUAGAGAGGAUGACAUGGAGUAUAUAGAYGAUAUUGAACUACAUUAUUUUCAGAAAGAACAUAUGGAGAUGGARAAAAAGAGAAAAGAAAAAAGAAAAGAGAAAAAUGAAAACGCCAAGGAUUCUGAAUCGAGUAAUGAUGUAAAAACCAAAGAAACCGUAAAAGACGACGAUAAAAUCCCUAGCUCAAAUGUAGRAAGUGAGGCUUCUCGAGAAUCAGAGAUGAAAAGUUCAGUGGCUUCUAAGGUUGAAAACGGUUCCAAGGAUGGCUUGCAGGAUUCAAAGAAACCAGUCAUAACAAAGCCACUACCAAAGAGGCCAAUUACAAAAAAGAAACCCUUACGUGCUCUAUCUGAGCCAAUACCAUCAAAGAUUGGUGCUCUUAAUCCAUUUACGUCCUUACAUUUAUCACCUUAUUUUAAUCAGCCAAUUACAUCACCGAAUCGAUCACAUGAUUUACAUAAACCAAUUACAUCUUGUCCUUCGUCACCUGACGUUAAUAGACCAAUUACAUCACAGAAUCGAUCACAUGAUUUACAUAAACCAAAUACAUCUUGUCCUUCGUCACCUGACGUUAUUAGACCAAUUACAUCACAGAAUCUAUCUGAUCCGUCACGUGAUGCAAAUAACCCGACUACUACAGAGCACCAAUCACAUGCAGCAAAUAAACCAAUCACACGGCAUGCUUCGGAAAGGCCAGCCGUUGCAAAGAAGCCUCUCGUGGCGAAACGGUCUCCAAAUCCACCUCCUAAACCAAAACGAACAUUUGCAACAAAAAGUACACUCGAAAGUAGCAAAAUUGUUCAAAAUUCUCUAAAUACACAAGAUACUUYAAAUACAGCAAUUCAAGAUACAUCGUGUCCCUGGAAUAGCAAAAGUAUUCAAACUACAGCCCAAAAACACUCAAGUUCUGAAGAAAAAGCAUCGUGUCAACGAACAAGGCCUCCAAAACCUCUCCCUCGUGGGAAGUCACAGAACUGAAUAAUUCGUAAACCCUGGUUACAUACAGUAAGAUAGGUUAAACCUAGUGCUGGGGCCUUGAGCGAUGGUACUUAAUCCGUGAAAUAAAAACAAAAUAGUUAUWAACU